GCAGUGGCGGCUAUCCUUCCAUCAUGUCGCAGGACACUGGGCUAUUCAGUAUCAGGCGCCCCCGAGAAGUAUGCAACCCCCUCAAUCUUAUUCGAGCGACAGCCAAUGUACCUCUUGGCGUUUUUCAUUGCGCAGUCAGGAAUGGACACAGGGUUAGUUCAAACUGACAUAGUCAAUGGCACAGACUCUGGGAAGCGUCCAAAAUUUCUCUUCUCUCCCUCAGCCGUCGUCGGCCAUGAAACGCACCAGUUCCAUUGGCGCCUUAAACCCUCCGUACACUUCCCAGCACACGCGCAUGUCGCUGAUGAACUCUGCCAGUCGCCCGCAGCAGCCUAACUUCAAACGGUCUUCGUCGGGGGGGUUUGGUGCUGAUGCCGGUCUCUCGUCCGUCAGGCGCUCCGUCUCGAGCAAUAUCUUCCAAGGAGCUAGCGCCGGCCGUCCGAGCUACGCUCCAGCGCCCAUGUCUUCCAAUCCGUCAUCGCAAAGCAUGCAGCGAAGGAGCAGCGUCUUUUCGCGACCGUCUGUUGGUGGUGCCAUGGGCCACCAGUCCUUUUUCACCCAAGUCCCCUCGGCGGCCGGUGUCCCCAGAGAUCCGCGACCUCUCAGGGACCGAUCAUUCCAGGCUCGGAUUGGACAGGAGCUGCUGGAAUAUUUGACCCACAAUAACUUUGAAUUGGAAAUGAAGCACUCUCUGGGUCAGAACACGCUCCGGUCUCCCACCCAAAAGGACUUCAACUACAUCUUCCAAUGGCUGUAUCAUCGCAUUGAUCCCGGGUACCGGUUCCAAAAGAGCAUGGAUUCCGAGGUCCCGCCCAUCCUGAAACAACUGCGCUAUCCCUACGAAAAAGGCAUCACCAAGUCGCAGAUUGCGGCCGUGGGUGGUCAGAACUGGCCCACGUUCCUCGGUAUGCUGCAUUGGUUGAUGCAAUUGGCGCAGAUGAUGCAGAGGUUUGACUCGGGAGAGUACGAUGAGGCAUGUGCAGAGAUGGGUGUGGAUGUCUCCGGAGACCGCAUCAUCUUCCGUUUCCUCACGGGCGCUUACCGUGAUUGGCUACAAGGCGGCGAGGAUGAAGAUGACGAGACGGCCGAGAAACGCCUGGUGCCUCACGUGGAGGUCAUGGCCCAGGAGUUUGAAAGGGGCAAUGAGAAGUACGUGCAGGAGAUGGAGGUUCUCGAGACCGAAAAUCGGGCUCUGCGUGACCAGAUCGAGGAGAUGGAGAAGAAUGCGCCCGAUAUCGCAAAGCUCGACAAGCAUUUCCGGAUCUUGGAGGACGACAAAAGAAAGUUUGAGGACUACAACCAGAACGUUCAGGGCAAGAUUGAGAAGUACGAGACUCGCCUCAAGUUCCUAGAUGACGAGCUCAAGAAGACCGAGGCGGAGUUACUUGCCGCGGAGGAGGAACGUUCGGGUCUCCAAGCGAGUGUCGACAGGCAGGGAAUUACGAUCCAGGACAUCGAUCGCAUGAACACCGAACGCGAGCGAUUGCAAAAGAGCCUUGACGACACGGUCAACCGUCUAGAGGAAACCCACUCGCGCGUUAUGGCGAAGGAGGGAGAUGCGAGCAAAAAGCUUGAGGACCUGGAGGAGAUCGUCAAGACUUACAACACGCUGGGCUACCAGACCAGUCUGAUCCCCGUGUCCGCUGUCAAUGCCAAAGGACAGGACUACGAGCUCAGCCUCAAUGUCAACGAAAGUAACUUUUCCACUUCACAGAUCGGCGGGGCGCCCAACCGGAUUUCACCCGAGGGAGACAGACUCCUUGCGGAGCCAUUCACCGGCUACCACCCGGCCCAUCUACUCAAUCUGGACCUACGAGGCUCGGUUCGCAGCAGUCUCCAGGCGCUCAGAAAGGAGAUCAACGAGCGACGCAAGAACGCCAUCGAUGCCGAUCUGGACCGGCGCAAUCUCCUGGACAACAUCAAGGAGGCGAUGGAUGAAAAGCGGAGUGAGGUCGAGGCUUUGGAGCAUAAGCGACGCGCAGCAGAGGAGGAAUUCGAGCGCACCAAGGAAAUCACAACCACGCAGAAGCUGGCGUCGGAUGCCCAGAUCGAGAAAAUGGAGAAGGAACUGGCCAAAAUGCGGGCGACCCUAAGCGAGAGCGUCCAAUUGAUGGAGCAGCGCGAGAUGAACACCAACAUCGAAUACGAACAGCUCACUCUGCGGGCCAACGCACUCCGGGAGGAGCUGCAUACGAACGUGGAAAGUAUGCUGAACGACGUGAUCCGGUUCAAGGUUCACGUCCAGAAAGGUCUCGAGGAUUACGAAAGCUUCGUGGUGGAUGAAGUCGAACAGGAGCUUGGCGGUGACAUGCCGAUGGGCGACGAUGAUCAGUUCGUCGAGGAAUAGUGAGGUUACAUUGGUGUGCUCGACAUCCUCCGUAUCAUGAUUGACGAUCACCGCGGGGAGUUUGG